UUUCCCCAUUGAUCCCCAUUUCCGCUUUCCGCUCUUUGAAUUCCUGACCGCUUUACCGAGCGACCCAAAAUGGCGCAGCAGUUUGUGCAGACCAAAAUCAAAGGAGACAAAGUGGUGCUGUUCAUGAAGCCCACAUGCUCGUACUGCAGCAUGGCCAAAGACGUUUUGUCAAAAUACAAGUUCAAACCGGGACAUUUGGAGUACAUUGAUAUUAGCGGACGCAGCGACAUGGGCAUCAUGCAAGACUAUUUCCUGGAGCUCACCGGAGAGCGCACGGUCCCACGGGUGUUCAUUGGUGAGGAGUGUGUUGGAGGCGGCAGCGACGUGGCGGCGCUGCAUAAGAGUGGUAAACUGGAGGGCAUGCUGCAGUCUAUUGGAGCCCUGCAGUGACCUGCUCCAGACCUCCAGGUUUUUGGCUUCCACGCGGGGUCACAUGACUAUGCAGCGGGACUUGCGUAGUUUGCGUCGCCGCUGCUGGUACUCGCUGAGCUCCUGCAGGUAGCCUCUGGACGGCCAGCGUAGCCUCUCCACCUGCUCACGCUCCUCCUCUGGAACACACAAAUAUAUCACCGCUCGAAUCUACUGCACAACUAUGGGAUGUUUUACUGAUAAAACCAUUACAGCAAGAUUUACUGCACUUGGCACACAACUCACACAAACACAUACAGUAGUAAAUCCUUGGAUUGAACACAGCCAACAAGGCUGAAAGAUUAUACACAAUAUAUAAAUGUGAGAUUUAGUUUACACCAACAAGUAACAGAAGACCAACAGUGAUCGAUCAUGUGCCGUCAACUUUGCUUGUGCCCUUAAGUACCCGUCCAGUGACCUUUUUAAAGGAUUCUUGUGUAUAUGGCUAAUGAUAACAAUAAAACGUGCUACUGCUAUUAACCUGGA